AUGGGGUGUGUUAGGGGUGCAAUGGCCUUGUGGUGGCUUAUUAUGAUUAUCUUUAUUGUGAGGACAAGGGGAGACAUAUAUAGAGAUUGUUUAUCCUCUCCUAUAGUUGAUAAGAAUGCAUGCAAAAUGAUUGCAGAGUCCAAGUUGGAGGGCUCAAUCCUAUUCACAUCUGGGCCUGCUAUAACAGAAGCUUCUAGUGAUUUUGGAGGGAUGGUCAAGAGUAAACCUGCUGCUGUCCUCUCACCUGCCAGUAAGCUGAUCAAAAUAGCAAAUGCAUCUCCCAAUCUAACUAUAGCUGCUAGAGGGAAUGGCCAUUCUCUGUCUGGACAAUCUCUGGCUUUGAAUGGAGUUGUGUUGAAUAUGAGUUCCCUAAGAGGAAUUAAGAUUGUCAAGAAAGGUGAUGGUCAAUCUUAUGCAGAUGUUAAGUGGGGUGAAUUGUGGGUGAAUGUUCUUAGAGCUGCACAGGCUUCAGGACUUUCUCCAAAGUCAUGGACUGAUUAUAUUGAUCUUUCUAUUGGUGGGACUUUAUCUAAUGCUGGAGUGAGUGGACAGACAUAUCGUUAUGGACCUGAAAUUAGCAAUGUAUUGCAGUUGGAAGUUGUCAUAGGCAAUGCAAAUGCUACUAAAUGCAGUCCAGAGAAUCAGCCUGAUCUUUUCUAUGGAGCCCUUGGAGGAUUAGGUCAAUUUGGAAUCAUCACUGGGGCACAAAUCAUCCUUCAAAGGACUUAUGAGAGGGUAUGA